AUGACUGAAAAAAAAUCUAAAAAAGGAAGAAGUUCGGGUACUUCGGCUUCUGCUAAAGUCUACCUGAUACUAUAUAAUAGUAUCCAAACUAUAGGAUGGACAUACAUGCUAUUACGUUCAGUAUUACACUUCCUCGACCGCGGUACUUUGGACAGCUAUUGGGGUGUAAUCAAAUGGACUGUUAUAAUAUUUCAAAAUGCUGCGGUACUUGAGAUAGUGCACUCAAUAAUUGGCCUCGUCCCGUCAGGUGUAGCGGUGGUCUUGCCGCAAGUGUUCUCAAGGGUCUUCCUAGUGUGCGGUUGUCUAAUGGUUACAGAAGCGGCCACCGUAAGCCCUGGCCUUCCUCUUUGUAUCUUUGCUUGGUCUAUCACAGAAAUUAUCAGAUACACCUACUAUACCCUGAAUUUGAUUAACAGUAUUCCACAACCUUUACUGUUCCUAAGAUAUUCGACAUUCCUGAUCCUCUACCCUAUUGGAGUAACAGGAGAACUAAUGUGCAUGUAUCACUCACUUGACGAAAUUAAUGAGAAGCAGCUUUUCACCAUCUCCAUGCCCAACGCAUGGAAUGCAGCAUUUAACUAUUACUAUUUCUUAAUCUUUUACAUGUUCUUGUACAUUCCCAUUUUCCCCUUCCUGUUCGGUCAUAUGUUAGCUCAGAGGAGAAAAAUGCUUGGCAAUGAUGCUAAGAGGGUAAAGUAA